ACUGUGGCUGCUAGCACCAUUGGGCAAUGUGCAAUCGGUGGUUGUGUUGCCCAGGGUAUGGGAGGCUUCAGUCCGGUAGGAGGCAAGCUUUGGCGUAGGGUUUGGGGGCGAGGUGUCCACGUUUUUGGUCAGCAGCAUUUGUUUCGUGUCCAGCCAUAUAUUGUGCCGAAAAUCGCCGCGUCUUUUAAAAAAAUUAUAUUAAACUGUGUGAACAGUGUUGAAAUUGAAAUAGUAACUCAACAUCGUCUUGCUUUUCUUCAGAAAAACACAACAUGCAUCCUGUACUCUGCGUCUACCUUCUCCCGCUGGUGCUCGGGAGCGCGACCGGACAGUGCAAGGACAGCGCUGACAGCGCUGAAUGCAAAAAACACCAAGAAGUCUAUGUUAAAAACAUUACCGAGAUCCCGGCCACACUGAAACCGAGGACCAUUCACGUUUAUUUCAUCGGGAGCAGGUUUUCCAACAUCCCGAACAGAGCCUUCAUCAACAGCCCUCAGCUGGAGACGGUGGAGUUCCUGCAGAUGCCCAUCGUGUCCGUGGAAGCGCACGCCUUCGAGGGUUUGCGUAAGCUGAAGCUCAUUGAAAUCACGACGACCAAUCUGACGUCGCUGCCCUUGGGCGUGUUUCAGGACCAGUCGAUGCUCGAGAGACUGAUCCUAAAGCUCAACAAAAUCCAGAAGCUUGAGAAGGGACUGUUCGACGGCCUGAGAAUGUUGAAGGAGCUCCAGCUUCACACCAACCAAAUCGCCUCAAUCGACGAGGGAGUUUUCGAUCAGCUCGAUAACCUUACGGUUCUUCACCUGGCCAAGAAUAAGAUCACGUCCGUCUCCAGAGCGCUGUUUACAAAACUUAGUAAAUUACAAAGGCUCAGGCUCUACGACAAUGACAUCGCCACUAUUCCACCCGGGAUCUUUGAUGACCUACCGGAUCUGAAAGAGAUCGGCUUACGGGAUAACAAGAUAACUGAGAUACCACCAGAUUUAUUUUCCAACAACCCCUUCUUGGAAUUAUUAAAUUUAGAUAGAAAUCGUUUGUCUGAAUUGCCCUCUGAAAUUUUUGUGGGACUUCCAAACAUGAAAUCUUUGACUCUUCAGCAGAAUCAAAUCCGCAGCCUGCCUCCCUUGCUCUUUGGAGAAAUGCCAAAAUUUUAUGAACUGAGUCUCAAAGGAAACAAUCUCACUGUCCUGCCUGCAGGUGUAUUCAGUCCCUUGAAGAAACUCAAGAAGCUUGACUUGUCUCUAAAUAAGUUUACCUCUUUGUCCAGUGACUAUUUUGAAGGGCUUGUGAAACUCACAGACUUGAAUCUACAGAAUAAUAUGAUUGAAUCAUUAGAACCAAAAACCUUUGAACAUUUGACAGACCUGCAUACCCUCAGGUUAGCAAAUAACAAAUUGAGAACUCUUCCUGAAGGAAUAUUUGACUCUUUACUAAAGUUUAGCAGGGUAUAUCUCGACAACAACCCUUGGCACUGUGACUGCAAUCUGAUAUCUUUCUUUAACUGGAUGAAAGUUAACAGUAAAAAGAUUAAGUCUCUCUCAACAGAUCACUGUGAAUCUCCUGACAGCUUGAAAGGACAAAUUCUCAACUCUCUCACAGAAGAUCAGCUGAUAUGCCCAACAACUCCUACAAUCACCACAGCUUUGCCUCUUACCACGGAAACCAGCACUACAGUUGCCAUGACAACAGAAGUACCCACCACGAUCCACACCACCCCGGCACCUACCACCAAAAUAACAACCAUGGUGCCGACAACUGCACCCACCACAAUGUUGACAACCACCUUGCCAACAACAGUUGCUACGACAACUGCGGCCACCACAAUGCUGACAACCACCCUGCCAACAACAGUUGCUACGACAACUGCACCCACCACAAUGUUGACAACCACCUUGCCAACCACGCUAGCAACAACAACUGCACCCACCACAAUGUUGACAACCACCUUGCCAACCACGCUAGCAACAACAACUGCACCCACCACAAUGUUAACAACCACAGUGCCAACAACGGUUGCUACGACAACUGCACCCACCACAAUGCUGACAACCACCCUGCCAACAACAGUUGCUACGACAACUGCACCCACCACAAUGUUGACAACCACCUUGCCAACCAUGCUAGCAACAACAACUGCACCCACCACAAUGUUGACAACCACCUUGCCAACCACGCUAGCAACAACAACUGCACCCACCACAAUGUUAACAACCACAGUGCCAACAACGGUAGCUAUGACAACUGCACCCGCAACAAUGUUGAAAACCACCGUGGCAACCACACCAGCAAUGACAACUGCACCCACCACAAUGUUGACAACCACAGUGCCAACAACGGUAGCUGUGACAACUGCGCCUACAACCACAGCCUUGGCGACUACUCCAACGACCACAGCCCUGAUCACAACCUUUGCAGCCAUCACCUCCGCUCUUGUAACAACAACAACUGCACUCACAACCACCACUGCCCCAACCACAACCGCCGCCCCGACAACAUCUACACCAGCCACCAGCACUGAAAGGACUACAUUACCCACAACACCGAGGGAGUUCUCUUGCCCUGUGACUUCCUUCACCUCUCCUCGCCUGGCCUUCCGCUCGGAAAGGGAAACCACAGGCGCUCAGUGCCGGUGUUCGCUCAUCAUUUACACGGCGACGCUCGUGUGGGAGAUGUGCUGCACCGUGGUUCUGGCCCGGUUCACCUACACCCUGUACCGCUCGCUCCAGCAAGGGGAGCGACUCUACACCAGAGUCAAACUGACGGGUUUCUCCCACAGGAGGGAAGUCAUCCUACGGCCUGUAACCCACACCGAGACUGUAGCCUUGUGAAUAUGAGCCUGGAGAGCUCCGGACUGCUCAGUCAACUUAACCUGGAAUGACCUCCAUGGCAUGUCCAAGUUCACUGACUACUAACAGGUAGUACUAACAAGACCUCAUAUAUAUAAAUUUAUAUAUAUAUAUAUAAUUUUUUUUACAUGCUAUGUAUAUACACUCAGUGAGCACCUUAUUAGGUAUUUUUUAUACUUAUUUUUUAGACUUCUACUGCUGUAGCCUAUCCACUUUAGAGUUAUGAUGCGUUGUGUAUUCAGAGAUGCUCUUCUGCAUACCACUGUUGUAAUGUGUGGUUAUUUGCGUUACUGUCACCUUCCUGUCAGCUUUGACCAGUCUGGCCAUUCUCCUCUGACGUCUCUCAUUAACAAGGCGUUUCUGUCUGCAGAACUGCUGCUCACUGGAUUUUAAAAGUUUUUUUGCACCCUUCUUUGCAAACUCUAGAGACUAGUCUGCGUUAAAAUCCCAGGAGGUCAGCAGUUUCUGAGAUCAAUCAAACCACCCUGUCUGCCAGCAACAAUCAUUCCACGGUCACUUAGAUCACAUCUUUUCCCCAUCCUGAUGGUUGAUGUGAACAUUAACUGAAGCUCCUGACCCGCAUCUACAUGAUUGUAUGUAUGCAUUGCACUGCUGCCACACAAUUGGCUAAAGUAAUGAAGUAAAAGUGUUCCUAAUAAAGUGCAUAGUAUAUCUCUCCAGUAGGUGGCACUAUCUUACAGCAAGAUUCAUUGGUUGCCAUUUUCAUUGACCAAAAAAAAAAGAAAAGAAAAAGAAGAAAAAACUAGCUCUGCAGUUUCAUACAUUCAGAAACACAGAGCCAUUGGCUUAGGUCUCCAUAGGGGAACCCUUUAUUUAUUUAUUAAUUUAUUAAUUAAUUUAUGUAUGGAACGCUCUAUGGUAGUGUGUGAAAGUGUGAAAGCUCCUAGAUUGCACCAUUCUCCUAGUAAAACAACACGUGGCACCUUCUGGAAUCCCUUCUUCUGAGAGUGCAAUGGACAUGUACAAACACAGCAGUGUCAUCUGCAUGAGCUUGAAUAUCAAAUAUGAUGUCAUGCCCAAAACCAGUCCCUGUGGGACCCCAAUUAUGCACUUGCGGGAAGAUAAUAUUAAUUUGAUGGUUUUUGCAUUCGACAUAUUUUCACUGCUGUCACUUAAGUAAGAGACCAUUCAUUUCAGUACAUUAAAAGAACAUUUUAACUUGGAAAGUUUUGAGAGGAGGGCGGUAUAAUUAAUUGCGUCAGAUGUUUUGCAUUGAUCUAAAAACACAGCCUCAUUCACCGCCUCUAUCAAGUGUAGGUUUAAUCUCCUCAGAGAAAUAGUGAUUUGUCAUUUCUGUAGACUGGUUUACUCUGAACAACCCCCCCUAAUGUCCUCCGACCUGCAUGCUACAAGGGCUAAAAUAUUAUUUAUUUGAAGAAUUACUCGUUUUUAUUGCUUGCGAUCCACUGUGGCGUUAGUAUGAAACAUGAAAUAAUGGCGACUUGAGAGUUGUUUUUUGAGCUAAUUAAUCUCUGCUGCCUUCUCGUCCUUUCAUUUCUGAGUUUUUAAGUGUCAGCUUUCGGUACAUCGCCAGCGGAAAAACUCCACAAAUCUCCACAAAACGUGCGAGCGGUUUGAGUUAGAGAUUACAUUUUGCAGUGGAAUUUAUUAAUUUUGGCGGGAUUGUCUGUGUACACAUAUGUUUUACUCCCAAUUGCUCUGACUUUUACGUGACUAAAUGUAAUUCCGAACAUUUGCUACAGCUGUGUCCUGCUCUGGUUGCAUGGAUAUAAUAAAAGAACCAGAUUCAACUGAAA